AUACAGAGAAUGUGCUGAAAAGGAAGGCCGAAAUUCUUGAUGAAUACGAAAAUAAUGCACCCGUGGAUCGUAAACGAAAGGUUCGAAAGACCGGCAAUGAAGAAAUAAAUCGUCUGACUUGGGAAUGGUUCAAGGAUGCCAUGGCAAGAAAAAUUCCAGUCAGCGGGCCUUUGAUGCAAGAACGCGCUCUUUCCUUCGCAAGCGAUCUCGGAGUUGACGACUUCAAAGCAUCGAAUGGCUGGUUGGACAGUUUUCGAAAGCGUCACAACGUUGUAUUUAGUAUCAUGACUGGCGAAAGCGGUGACGUGAAUAAUGAAAUUGUCGAAAAAUGGAAAGAUAAAUUACCAUCACUGCUAGAUGGCUAUGAACCCAGAGACACAUUUAUAACAUGGAUGAAACUGGACUUUUCUACCGGGCGACUAUGA